AUGCAAGUUGAUUGUGGCGAUAAUCACCAUUCAUUGUCUACAAGCUGGCGUAUCUCCGCUAUGUUACUGCUUGUCCACUUCAAAUGGUACCUAUUAGCUUUCAUAUCCGGAAGACGUAGAGCAUUCUGGCUUCUUCAAGAAAAGACAGACUCCCUAGUAUUCGGAUGGAAUCGAUUCGAUGAAAAAGGCAUUUCAAAGCUGACUUUGGAACGAGUAAUACACUGGGCCUUUGAUGAUACUUUGGAUCUCCCCUUGGUUGAUAUAUCAGAAUUCAAUGUAAUUGGGGGAUCAUGCGUAGCUGAAACUUAUAAUAUACUUGCAAAGUCGUCAGGCGUAUUUCGUUACUAUGAGGCGGCGAAGAGGAGUCUCAAUUACAAACGAGUUCCGAGAAUUGAGAAAGUUGAAUUCGAACCUGCGUCAAACAAAAAUCAAUUGGUGAAAUGGACGUUGCAAGGUUCUCCAUGCCAUUCUGAAGAUAGUAUGAUCAUGUUCGAAGGACUAACUGAUCAACCUCUCGAAAUGACCAUUCUUCCUAUCGAAAGUACGGCAUCUAGGAAAACCAGAAAUUCGAAGGACGUUGUCAUCAUUCUCGCAGCUUUGCAUGACGGAAGAUUCUCUCUACCGACUUUAGAAUCCCCACAGGCUGCGAUAAUCGAGGCGGAGGAAAUCGUACCGGCGUCGUCAGAAUCCCCACAGGCUGCGAUAAUCGAUGAGGAAGAAGCCGAUUCGGCGUUGUCAGUCACUCUACUGCCACAAAAGAAAGUUGAAAUUUAUAGUACUGCAUAUCUUGAAGUCAAUGCUGAGAGAGGAAGACGUAGAGCAUUCUGGCUUCUUCAAGAAAAGACAGACUCCCUAGUAUUCGGAUGGAAUCGAUUCGAUGAAAAAGGCAUUUCAAAGCUGACUUUGGAACGAGUAAUACACUGGGCCUUUGAUGAUACUUUGGAUCUAGCCUUGGUUGAUAUAUCAGAAUUCAAUGUAAUUGGGGGAUCAUGCGUAGCUGAAACUUAUAAUAUACUUGCAAAGUCGUCAGGCGUAUUUCGUUACUAUGAGGCGGCGAAGAGGAGUCUCAAUUACAAACGAGCUCCGAGAAUUGCAAAAGUUGAAUUUGAACCUGCGUCAAACAAAAAUCAAUUGGUGAAAUGGACGUUGCAAGGUUCUCCAUGCCAUUCUGAAGAUAGUAUGAUCAUGUUCGAAGGACUAACUGAUCAACCUCUCGAAAUGACCAUUCUUCCUAUCGAAAGUACAGCAUCUAGGAAAACCAGAAAUUCGAAGGACGUUGUCAUCAUUCUCGCAGCUUUGCAUGACGGAAGAUUCUCUCUACCGACUUUAGAAUCCCCACAGACGUCAAAAAUCGAGGAGGAGGAAGUCAAGUCGGCGUCGUCAGGUAGCCGGGAAGAACUUGAAAUUCAAGCAGAAGCGGAGGAAGAAGACAAAAUUAUCGGUGAAUCCCCACAGACGUCAAAAAUCGAGGAGGAGGAAGUCAAGUCGGCGUCGUCAGGAAGCCGGGUAGAACAUCAAAGUCAAGCAGACGAGGAGGAAGACGGCGAAAUAAUCAGUGAAGCUGCAGUUACCACGGCGAAGGAGAUGGCGUCGCCUGUAGAAACCACGACACACUUACUCCUUCGAGUGAGCGGCAGUUCAUCUAACAGUAUUCAUAUUGGUACCAUUGUAGCAAUAGUACUCGUGUCAGUUUUGGCGAUAUUAACCAUUAUCUACUUCUCGUAUAGACGAUGGUGUAAACAGAAAUUGGUGAAAUAAAUAUUCUCCUCUCAGUGUUCAUCAAUAAUGCUCACGAUCAUUGUAGUUAGCAAAGGCAACAAGACGCUUUUCAGUCGUCGACGUUUCUACAUUAUUUUCGUAUCUGAUUUCACUUAAUUGCAACAUAUUUUAAUGUAGUAUUUAUUUUACUUCAUCAACGACAAUUCACUCAUCUCACUUAUUCUCCCAUGUGAUUGCAUUUGAGUCUGCGGAAUUUAAAUAUGUUCAGAAUUCCGAAUGUUCCGAAUCUCCUAAACAUUUACUGAACAUUGUGUUCACAACUUUUAUUCAUUCAUAUUUGUUAUCAAUUUGUAAUUCAUAAUUAACUGCAC